CUCCUCACCCAAAAUAUUUUUUCUUUCUUUCUUUCUAAUUUUUCUUUAUCUCUAACCAUGGCAGAUAGUCUAUGGGAUGAUCUACAAUACUUCAACUUAGGUUGUGACGAUCCUAAGCUCUUUAUUCCUCAGCAUACUUAUGUUGACGCAAUCGAGAGGAAUAGAGUCAAACUUAUUGCUCGACUUCUCAACACCAGAUCUCAAAGUCUACAAGCUGUUGUUUCUUCACUUCCAAGAUCCAAUCAUAACUCUCCGUCUCAAAACUCUGACAACUCUUUUCCCGCGCCUUUGACUCCAUCACCAAGAUUGGAUUCCCCACCACAGAACCUUGAAGAAUUUGCUGCUACCUAUCCUCAAUUUCACACAUCAAGUCUAGAAGGAUUCCAACAAUCUGAUUAUCCAAUUCCGCGAACUGCUACAUGGAGAAGGCAACCUUCCACAAGGUCUACUAUUUCCCCAAAUACUACUGAAGGAAUCACUCCCAGAAUGCCAAGCCGCUUUGAGGUUGGUGUAUCGUCAAAACGUCCAAAUUCACACUUUACUAAUAGCAAUGAUGAUAGGAAACAGAAGACAAAGGUCAAGACAAAGGACCAAGAUACUCAGAAGGGAGGAAUUCUGAAGCCUCCCAAAAAAAGAUAAUCCACUCGUUGAGCAAAAUAAAAUCGACCACCCUAUCAUCGGUAGCCAUGAAGUAAAUAAUGUGAUUUAAG